UUUUUUUUUUAUUAUUUUUAUUAUUUUUAUUAUUUUUAUUUUUUUUAUUUUACUUUUUUUUUCAGUUUUAUUUUAUUUUAUUCAUUUUUUUUUCUAAUUUCUUAUGAUGGAUGGUCGUUUAAUGUAUAAAAGAUCUCAACGAUUACGUGAACAUGUGAGUUCACUUCAUCUCUUAAUUAUGCUUAUAGGGCUCGUUUUGAUAUCAAUAGGAGCUUAUAUCAUUGAUUCUUCUAAUAUCAGUAAAACAAUUUCUAUUGGAGCAUUUAUAGUUGGUGGUUUUAUUACAUUUAUAUCCUUCAUUGGCUUUUUUGGAGCUUAUCUUGAAGAUAUUCAUCUUUUAAAUGUAUAUAAUAUCGUUACUGCCUUACUCUUCGUUGUAGAGCUUGUUAUCAUAAGACUUGCUUAUAUCUACAAGACAAAAUUGACUGAAUAUGGAAGUCAAGCUUGGGAUUUCUUUAUAACAAAUGAUUCUAAAUUUAUAUACAACUUUGAAGAAUCAUUGAAAUGCUGUGGAUAUAAUUCAAUCAAAGAUAGAGCAGUACCUGAUAUGACAUGUUCUAUUUUGUUAGAAAGUAAUGUUGGAUGUAAAGAGACAACAAUAACGUUCAUUCAAGGCUGGCAAAAUUGGAUUAUUACCAGUUUAAUUAUUUUAAUAGGCAUUCAACUGACGAUUUUAUUAAUGACAAUAAUUACAACAUUUUUAAUUAAGCAAGACGUAAAAAAAGAAGAGACAUAUUUAUCUUUAUUAUCACCUAGUCUACAACAACCUUAUGCUUCCUAUUAUUUUAAUAAUGGAGAAGAAGAAGAAAUUCGUAUAAAUAAUAAUACUAGUUUUUAUCGUCCAAGAACAGCAUCUUUACCAAGAUAUGGUUCAACGAUAUUAAAAAAAAGCAAAAUAAAUCCAAGUUAAAAGCCUGUUUUAUUUGUUAUCUAAUUUUUAGCACUAUUUUUUUAUUUAUUUAUUUAUUUUUUCC